UGUGUGGGUGUGUUCUGCCUCCAUGACCAUAUCAGGAAGACGGAGCUGCACCUGUGAGCUGACGUCACAGGUUGAAAGUACCUGCAGCGACACGUUCAGCUGAACUUCUUCAGUUAGUCAAACUACUUCCAGGACACAGGACAAAGGAGACGCCGCGGCGACGACGACUGUUCGCUGAGGAAACCGUUUCACACUCUUUACACCCUACCUUUGGUUUUUUAAGACUUUAUUUUUUGGUGGAAUAUUCAAACGAGGAUUUAAAAACAGAUGGGGACGACUCGGCUCGCCGCUGUCGCCAUUUUCUUCGUGGUUUUCCAGGUCUCAGCUUUAGUUACCGCUAAGAAGCCAGAAUGUGAACCUGGAUUCAAGUCCGAUGAAUUGAUUUUCACUGUGACCAGUAAUCACUUGAGGCCGGGCACAAAACUGGGCAGAGUGAGCUUCACUAACUGCACAAGCGUCUUGGACUUUGUUUACUUUACCAAUGACGAUCGUUUCACUCUGCACAAAGAUGGAGUAUUGUCUGUAAAUAAGCUGGUUAAUCUUCAUGGAGGACGCCAUGAGUUUGCUAUGCAUUCUUCCAGUGGUCACAAAAUGACAAUAGUCAAGUUAGUACACAAUGGGCAUCAUCAUGGACAUCACCACAAAGGGCACCAUGAGGAAAACCAUGGGCAUCACCGUGGACAUCACCGUGGGCAUCACCUUGGGCGUAACCACGAAAGACCCCAUGAUGGUCACCAUGGGAGAAUGCAUGGCAACAACCACAGGUCCCACAAUGGCAGUCACCAUCAAAUUGUUGAGCAUCACUCUGGAGAACAGAAACACCAUGACCAUCAGCUCAUUCUGACUCAAGUGGUUUCUGCCAACAACACUCAGAGUUCAACCGUGUCAGAGGAAGUGCCUCUCCUGGUUUUCCCAAAGUCAAGUUCUGGGAUAAGGAGGAGGAAGAGGGACUGGGUCAUUCCUGAUCUCAAUGUUCCAGAGAAUCACAAAGGACCUUAUCCCCAUAAAGUGUCACAGAUCCGUUCAAAUGAAGAUAAAGUUAAGAAGAUUUACUACAGUAUCACGGGUCCAGGAGCUGACCAGCCUCCUCACGGCCUUUUCACUAUGGACAGGCUCACUGGUACUUUGUAUGUGACGCAGCCACUGGACAGAGAGAAGCAGGCCAAGUAUGGGUUCCAAGCACAUGCUGUUGCAGAUGGUUCAGGAAAUGCUGAAGCGCCCAUGGAUAUUAUAGUAAAUGUAAUUGAUAUGAAUGACAACAAACCCGCUUUCAUUGAAGCUACCUUCCUGGGACAAGUUCCUGAGGCCUCACCCAAAGAUUUUGAGAUUAUUAAAGCUACUGCCAUAGACAUUGAUGAGCCAGGUAAUGCCAACUCGGAUAUCAGAUACCGUCUUCUGAGCCAGGAUCCAGAGUUGCCCCGUUCCCCACUGUUUGCCAUCAACCCAGUCACAGGAGCCAUUCGAGUCAGUGCUGGUGGACUGGACAGAGAGAGAUACCCAAAGUACACUCUGGAGGUUGAAGCCGCAGACAUGGAGGGAAACGGUUUGAUUGCAACGGCAAAAGUAAUCCUCACUGUAACAGACAGCAACGACAACGCUCCGGUCUUUACAAAGCCCUCUUUUGAGGCAGCUGUAGCGGAGAAUCAAGCGGACGCUCUGGUCAUUACACUGUCAGUAACCGAUGGUGAUGAGCCUCAUUCCGCAGCCUGGAAUGCCAAGUUUAAGAUUGUCGAUGGUGAUCCUGGAGGUCUCUUCACCGUGUCGACCGGAAGUAGCAAACAGGAUGGAAUCCUUAAAACUGCCAAGGGUCUUGACUUUGAAAAGGUGUCAAAGCACACUCUGCUAAUUGCAGUGGAGAACGACGUUCCAUUUGCCACUCCGCUGCCCACUGCCACAGCCACAGUGGUGGUGAACGUGCGGGAUGUCAACGAACCACCCAUCUUCAAUCCAGUUGAGAAGUUAAUAUCGAAACCGGAGGAUCUUGCUGUUGACGCUGACAUCGUGCAAUACACAGCGUCUGACCCAGACAUUGCACGCAAGCAGACGGUCAUGUACAAAGUCAUACGUGACCCUGCUGGCUGGCUGAAUAUGGCCAAAGACACAGGCCUGAUUAAAGUGAAAAGCACCAUGGACAGAGAGUCCCACUUUGUCAAAGACAACAGAUACACAGCACUAAUUGGUGCAUAUGACAACGAUGAAGUCCCAGCCACAGGAACUGGCACUCUGAUCAUUAAGCUUGAAGAUGUCAAUGACAACGCACCCAUCAUUGAAGAACGUACAAUCACGGUUUGCAACAAAGACCCAGUUGCUCAUCUUCUUUCUGUGACGGAUAAAGACGGACCAGGUUUUGCUGCUCCUUACAGUGUCUCUUUACAUGGCACAUCGAAGACUAACUGGACCGCUCGGAUGAAUGAGUCCAGAACUGGUAUCAUCAUACAACUAGCCAUGGAGCUGGAAAGUGGAGAUUAUAAUGUGAUCCUGAGGGUUGCAGACAACCAGGGGCUGGAGCAGGACAACACCGUUCAGGUCAAGGUCUGUGACUGCACCGGAGAAGACGUGGUCUGCAACGAGAGAAUUGCAGGCACCCAAAGCCUCCCAAUGAUUCUGGGAAUACUGGGAGGCAUCCUGCUGUUGCUCAUGCUGGUGCUGCUGCUGCUGCUGUUUGCCAGACGGAGAGGAGGAGAAAAGAAGGAGCCUCUACUGCAGGACGACGAUAUCCGAGACAACAUCUACUACUACGAUGAGGAAGGAGGUGGAGAGGACGAUCAGGACUAUGACCUGGGUGUUCUCCACCGUGGUCUGGACAACCGCCCCGACGUGUUCAGGAACGAUGUGAUGCCAAACUUUGCGCCCGCUCCGCAGUACCGGCCUCGCCCUGCCAACCCAGAGGAAAUCGGCAACUUCAUUGAUGACAACCUGAAGGCAGCUGACAAUGACCCGACGGCGCCCCCCUACGAUUCCCUGCUGGUGUUUGAUUAUGAGGGUGGUGGCUCUGAUGCAGGGAGCCUCUCCUCUCUGAACUCGUCGAGCAGUGGGGACCAGGACUACGAUUGCCUCGGCGAGUGGGGACCGCGCUUUAAGAAACUGGCCGAUAUGUAUGGUGGAGGAGAGGACGACGACAUGCUGUAAAUGUAACCAAAGAACAAAAGAUAGGUAGAGGUGGAGCCACAUGUGAAUGCGUGAAUGUUAGAGUGUUGUAAGCAUGAAGUCUCAAAUGGAAUCAUCCCAGCGGGAGAAGUCUCCCAGCAGGACGUCAGUGGCCUUUGACACAGUUAUUUUUUCUUAAUGUGUGGAUUGUGGUUUAACCCGUCAGUGCAGUCCCAUUAGCAGUUAACAGCCACUGCUCAAAAACCACAGGAUGUUGCUAUUAUUUUGUACAGGAGCUCCCAUUUUGAAUGGCCAAGCUCUGCCUGUGUUUUUCAUCCGUAUUUGUUUUUGAGGCUAAAGAUGAAAAUCUGCUUUGUUUAUUCUGUGUUCAUGUUGAUUCUACAUUUAUGGAUAUAUGGAUUUUAGCCUGCUGUUAUGCUGGGGGACACUGGACACACACACAUGCUUGCAGUUGCACUGAGGACAUGUGUAGGUUUGGCAAUGUAUGGUACUUUUCUUUUCUAGUUUGCACUACAGCUCCAGUUCCAUGUACUUGUGUUUGAGGCGUGAACAGACAAAUCAUCAAAGUGAGCUGGAGGAAGCCAACCAUCAUGACAUCAGUCUGAGGGCUUGCUCAAUCACUCACCCCAAAAAUGCUUUUUUAAAAAUGAUUGCUUGGUACAUGGUCAGUACACCUCUGAAUUGCAUUGCAGUGUCAAAACAUAUUUUGUAGUUACUCCAAAUGUACUUUAUUACACUGAUUUUGGAUUUUUAUAAAACAUUAAUACAACAAUACAAUUGUGAAUGGUCUUUUAUUUUGACAGAAAUCUGUCUUUCGCUGCAAUACUUACUGUGGUGCAGAUGACUGUAGAGACAAUGCUGCCAAACUGUCUUAAAGGAAUAGUUCUGUUUCUUCUCAAAUAAACGAUACAUAUAAAUGA